UACAGGAAAAGAAACCUUUAGAAUGACUGCAUACACAAUGACAAAACUAUUCUACAUUUCAAUCAGGUUUUGGUUCAUUUUAGGAGUUAAAAGCUACGACUUUUGGUCAAAAUAUAUAUUAACUGUUCAUACUGGAGGAUCUGUCACCAUCCCAUGUCAUUAUGACAAGAAAUACACACAGCAGAAGAAAUACUGGUUCUCAGAGAUUGAUAAAUCUAAUACAUACACAAACACAACAGAGGAGAAUCUGUCAGUAAUUGAUCAUCCUGAUCAGAGUCUCUUUACUGUGACUAUGAGAAACCUGCAGAACAAACACACUGGAGAUUAUUAUUGUGUUGUGGAGACUGGAGAACAAUCACCGAUAAAUAUAACAUAUGAGCCGUAUCUCAAGAUUCAAUCUGUUCCUGAUGUGUCUGUGAUCUACUCUAAACCUGAAGACCCUGUGAUAUACAGCACUAUAAAUGAUGAUAACCCAAACGAUCCCAACAAGAACAUAACCACCUACAGCACUAUUGAUCGUGUUCCUGGGAGCGAAGCAAAGCCUCCAGCAGGUGGAACAAUAUACAGCACUGUGGCUCCACACCAACAGCAACAGUGAGAAGAACACAGGAACAGAUCCUUCUGACCAAGACAAGGGUUUUUUUUUUUUUCCCUCCUUUCUUUUUUGGCUUAAAUUCACAAACACAAUGAAUCCACUCAUGCAGUUGACUUUUCCCUCUUGAUUUUCUGUCACGGUGCACACAGCAGGGAGAAACGACGAACACGCAGACGAGGAGUAACUUCAAAAUAACAGUCUUUAAUGAGGACAUCAGGGCAAGGCAAGGCAAGGCAAGGCAAGGCAGACACGGACAGGAACCAGAAUAAUGAGUAGACCAGACAAAAACUAACUAAACAGGCAGGAACUAAAUACACAUGACAAUCACUGAUAAUUACUAAAACACAGCUGGACAAGACUUAACUAAUAAACACACUUAACAAGGACAGGAACAAGACGAAAUAUGGACACAAGAGGCGGGAACACAUGACAGACACGACAGAGGACUGACAUUUUCAUUGCAUAUUGGUUGUGACCAAUUGACCGAAUAUUUUAUUUUCAAUAGGACCCAUAUGAGAUGAUGCGAGGGUCAAAAAUUAAAAGGAUUAUUGUAAAUGAAUUUUAUAGUUCAUAACUAGCCUACUUUGCUGUUUUAUUGUGUAUUAAAUGACCUCUCUCGAAAAAAUGGGAUUAUUUUUAAAAUUAUGUAUAGUUAUAAUUUCUUUUUAAGUGUGUUUCAUUUUUUCACUUGUAAAAAUCACGUUCAGCUCAUUUGUGGAAUAUUCUG